AUGCUGGGGCACGAUUACGAUAGAAUUUGUGCGGUAGCGGAUAAACUGCGGUGUUCGAAGGUUGGAAUGAACGCUUCGAUACCCCACAGGAAUUCCUACGAUGUGCAACAAAUCCACCAAAACUCCCCCUACUGA